UUUGGUUGCGAGCGGCGCAGGGCGACGCCGGAUGUGACGCAGGUCUUCCCGCCCUCCGCGCUCUUAUAGUUCCCGGCGGGCGGCGCGCGCUCCUCUCUGGCCGGUGGCAGCUCCGCUCUGUAGGCACCAUGGCUGCCCUAAGACCACUGACCAAGCCUGACAUUGUGAAGAAGCGGCGAAAGAAGUUCAUCCGCCAUCAGUCUGAUCGCUAUGUGAAAAUUGCGCGUAACUGGCGGAAACCCAGAGGUAUCGACAACAGAGUACGCAGGAGGUUUAAAGGCCAGAUUCUUAUGCCAAACAUUGGUUAUGGCAGCAACAAGAAGACCAAACACAUGUUGCCCUCUGGAUUCAAAAAAUUCUUGGUUCACAAUAUAAAGGAGCUCGAGGUUCUGAUGAUGAGCAACAAGACAUAUUGUGCUGAAAUCGCUCACAAUGUCUCCUCCAAAAACCGCAAGACAAUUGUGGAGAGAGCAGCCCAGCUUGCGAUCAAGGUCACCAAUCCUAAUGCCAGGCUACGCAGCGAAGAAAAUGAAUAGUCUCUUUGCUGAGCCACAGCCACUGUUUAAUAAAAGUUAUAAAUGACAAAA